CAUGGUCCAUGGAACACUGAACGUGCACUCAGCGCUAGAUCACGGAUGUUCAAGAACGCUGCUACCAUGCUUGAAUAUAAGUCGCACUUGCUGGGCUUGGUAGCGAACAUGCCCGGACAGGACACUCUGACAUACUCAACUUUGAUUGAGAAAUAUGGCUCACAGCAAACAUUAUUGUGGGUAGGAAACUCAAAGCUCAUCAUGGACUUCGCGAAUCGCCCUGAGCUCGAGCGAGGAGCGACAAUCUAGACUCCGAUGUGCCAACAAGCAUUCCAUCCUGAAGCCACGUCA